GCCAGCCGUGCGCGGAGACUGAUGGCGGCUGUGAAACCUGAAUACCUUACCGGAAGUGCCCGCCUGUCGCAUCUUUGAGAGAGCUUCACAAUCAACACAAGUCGAAGCCUGCCCCAAGCCUGUCAUCGCCCUGCUCGCAUCGUGGGAUGGUGGACGAUGGCAACCAUCACGCCAACCAGCGGCGUCUGGGCAGCGAUGUCUUACCAGCCUCCGCGAGGGCGCUGUAACUACAAGUUUUCCCUCGUGUUGCCAGCAUGUCCCUGUCUUCGUUUCAUGCUGCAUCCCAUCAAGGCGGCUACAUCGUUUGAAUGUGAUGGAUGUCAACACCACGCUUCCUUCCAUUCGCUGGAGAACAAAGAGGAACAGGCCAUCCUUCAGAGAUGGGAGGAGGAGAGUCAACAGGAGAAUCGCAAGGGUGUGCCUCAACAGUCCCUUCCCGGCGCAAGUAGGAAGCGGAAGAGGAUUGCGGAGACGAGUCACCAGACCCUCGGUCUGCCUGGGAUCUUCGAGAUCGUCGACGACAGCGAUCAUAAUGACGAGACGAGCAAUGCGGCCGCAGGACAGCUACAACAAGAGCUGGUGGGAACGGAGCGGAAGAAAGGAGGCAAAGCUGCCAGAUGAGCGCAGCCGAAGGUCAAAAGGCCACAUUACUCAGUUUGACUAGUGGACAUUGAAUAGUCAGUCGCUGGCCGUUAGAAUAUUGUGCAUGACGUUCAGGGGCUUCGCAAACGGCAUUACACAUUCAUCUGUGGGCUGAGACGGCGCGGAAGCACGAAGUGCAUAUGCUCGGUACCAUCGCCCCCGAAGCGGCAAUCGAGGACAUAGGAGGCAUCCGAGAGCCCGUCGCACCCAAGACAAGACAUCGAUUUUCUCGACGAUUGUGACUCUCCGAACAGCUAUAACGAUUCCAACUAGACCAUAAUGUGGCGUGCCACGCUCGUCCACUAACUGACAAGGUGAAACGGCCAAGUGAAGCGGCGCCAGUCGAG